AUCAAGCGCUCCAAUGCGAAUAUCGCGGCGGAUUUGACAAACAUUGCACGAGAAAGUCUGGGUACCCGUUUAAGUGAGGCUUUGACCGGAUUGGCCAGUUUAGUCCGUCUCCAUCCUACCCGCUUCACCGACUCCCUGAUAAUUCAUCUCACAGAGCUUGCGAUUCUUGUCAUCUCCUGUGGUCUUAGUUCUGGAACUUGCAGGCGUUCACCACCUCCAGGAACCUCCAAUAAUGCUGCAAUCGCUUCCGUAAUCUAUCCUGAACCAGCACCUACCCCAAUUCCAGGUGAAUCUGAAGAGCGAUGGGAGAGGAGGCAGUCAGUUUAUCGAGAACGAAAUGCCUGGAGACUUCAAUUACAAAGAUCGGCUCUUGCCCUUGUGUCUACAAUCUUUCUGCAAUACGACAAGCAUCGUCAUAUGGUGGCUGCAGAUAUUCUCAACAGCCUUGUCUUCUCUCCACUCAAAGCAGCAUCAAAUGCUUCCAGUAACAAGGCGACUGGGGUCUUGGCCUCUGGUAGUUUCCUUAACGACUGGGCACCGUUUUGCCAAGCAUCUCAAAGUGCUGCUGCUGCUUUAAACUUGGUCGCCAACAACCACUUCCUUCGGGUUCACCCUUUCACAGCAGUUCUGAUGGCCCUUAUCCAAGGCCUUAUUCCAGCCCCUUCCUAUGUGUGUGGAGGUGGAGGUCGACGGAGCUCGAGCGCAGGUGCACCAGCUACUCCCUCGAGUGGUGUGAGUCAACAGUCAACUACAACUGGCACUGGGAUGAGCGAACAGUGUGGGAUUCUGGACACAAAUCAACUGAUGAAGGAGGAGAAAGCGCUUAGCACCGGAUAUACUAAUGCUAUUCUCACUUCACAGUUUUUCAUAUCGGACAUUUUUAGAAAAUCUAAGGAUAUAAUUGUCCCAUAA